UAUUAGCACACUUUUCCACAAAUAAAAUUUUCCAGGUGUUAUUGUUUCGCUUCCAAUUUGAAGAAACAAUCAAAUAUCAAACCGAACAACACACACAACAGAGCACAAAACAAAGACCUAGGAAAGGUUGUUCUUGUUCCUGUUUGAUUCUGUGUCUUCUGAGACUUCAAAUUUUCGGAGUCUUGAGAAGGCACACAAAACUGAAAAGAAAGAGAAAGAACAAUGAAGAAGCCCAUGGAGACUCUCUCUGAUCUGAUACAUGAGUUCAAGCUUCGCACUAUUUGGUGGUCCCUUUGUAUAUUCGCUGUUUCCUAUUUCUUAACUCAUACAAGUAAAUCAAUGUGGAUGAAUGUACCUAUUUACCUAUCUCAUUUAGAGAAAAAACAGUUGUCGCCAAAUGAUUCCCGCCUCUCUACUCCGCCUCCCCCUACUAAAUGGAAGAGGAAAAUUGAUUCUUCUGCCGUGGAGGCUGCCAUGGGUGAUUUGAUCAAUAAGAUAUUGAAGGAUUUCGUGGUUGAUUUGUGGUAUUCGGAAAUUACUCCAGACAAGGAGUUUCCCGAGCAGAUACGUGCAAUAAUAAUGGAUGUUCUUGGUGAAAUAUCAGGAAGGGUUAAAGAGAUCAACCUUGUCGAUUUGCUGACAAGGGACAUAGUUGACUUAGUAGGUGAUCACAUAGACCUUUUCAGAAGAAAUCAAGCUGCUAUAGGCGUAGAUGUUAUGAGAACGUUAUCUUCUGAGGAGAGGGAUGAGAGAUUGAAAUUCCAUUUGUUGAAUUCUAAAGAGCUACACCCAGCAUUGAUAUCUCCAGAGAGUGAGUACAAGGUUCUUCAGCGACUGAUGAGUGCUGUUUUAGCCAUAGUACUAAGACAACGAGAAGCUCAGUGUCCUGUAGUUCGUUCUAUAGCUCGGGAACUUUUAACUUGCUUGGUUAUGCAACCUAUUAUGAAUUUAGCAAGCCCCGGGUAUAUAAAUGAGCUUAUUGAAUCUCUUCUACUUCUCCUUAAUGAUGAUGUUACAAAAUCAAUGGCUGGUAAUCAGCCAACAAAUGUACCAAGUCAUCAACGUGGUCAUUCUACCCCUAAUGAGGGCGGCCAUGACAAUCUCACGGCAUCUAAGCAAUCUCCAUCAUUAAACCAAGUAACUGAGAUGGCCUUGGUUAAAAUGAGUCAUCAAGGAGAGACAUCGUUGCAGCAUAAAAUACACCAUGAAGAAUCUUCUCAGGUCAAGCCUGCUGAUUGGGCACGGAAAUUGGAGGUUGUAACUCAAAGGAGAACUGAAAUUCUUAUGCCUGAGAAUCUUGAGAACAUGUGGACAAAAGGAAGAAAUUACAAAAAGAAAGAAAACAAAAUAACCAAAGCCGGCUUUCAGGAUCUUUCUGUCAAAAGUUCAGCUACGGACAGUUCGCUGCCUCAUAGAACAUUGAUUCAGGAAACAUCAGUGAGUAAACCUGGACAGUUUUCACCUGCAGAAGCAAAGAUUUCGUUGCCGCCAAAGCCUGCCUUGGGUUCAGAUCCCCUUCAAAAUGUUGGAGGCACAGAUAGAUCACAAUAUCCUCAGGACUCUGGCAAGCAAUUAACUUUUGAGGACAAGCUGCAAGUUGAUACGAUGAAGGGCAUCACGGAUCUUGUUUCCAAUGGGUAUAAAAGUAACCUGAAGAGAUCUAACAGUGCUUCUUCCUUGGCAAUCCAACCUAAUAAAGGAGGCUCCAUAAUUUCAGAGUUCUACACUCCUGAAUUCGGGAGGCAUAGUGAAUUUCGUGGGAAGAGUUCUUCUGACAUGAUUGUUAGAAGAGAGGGGCCACUUAUUCCUAAGCUCAGGUGCCGGGUUAUUGGAGCAUAUUUUGAGAAACUUGGGUCCACAAGCUUUGCUGUCUAUUCAAUUGCAGUGACUGAUGCACAAAAUAGGACUUGGUUUGUUAAAAGAAGAUAUAGGAAUUUUGAACGACUACAUCGACAUCUAAAAGAUAUUCCCAAUUAUACAUUACAUUUGCCUCCAAAAAGGAUAUUUUCGUCAAGCACAGAUGAUGCCUUUGUACAUCAACGUUGCAUUCAGCUUGACAGAUAUCUCCAGGAUCUUCUGUCAAUAGCUAAUGUUGCUGAGCAACAUGAAGUAUGGGACUUUUUCAGUGUUUCCUCAAAGAACUACUCUUUUGGGAAAUCUUCUUCAGUGAUGAAAACAUUGGCAGUCAAUGUAGAUGAUGCUGUGGAUGAUAUAGUACGCCAGUUCAGAGGGGUUUCAGAUGGUUUAAUGAAGAAGGUUGUUGGUGCAUCAUCCCAUUCACAGCAAAGCAAUGCAGAAAGUGUGUUAAGCUCCGAUAACGAGGAAAGUCUAAAGAACAGUAAUUAUGGCAGUGAGAAUAUUGACAGGGAAGUAGCCCAAGAUAGUGGGUGGCAUUCUGACAAUGAAGUGAUCUCACAGGAUUACCUGUCACGAAUAACAAACCCUGCCGAAGAGCCUGGGAACUUGGAUUUGGAUAGAAAGCAUGAUAUGAUGGUGGAAUCCAGGGUUGGCAAUGAUGUUCCAGUUACAAAUUUCACUCUAAUUCAAGAUAGUUCGGAGGAUCCAGUUGGAAUGCCACCAGAGUGGGCCCCCCCAAAUGUCAGUGUCCCUAUUUUGAAUUUGGUUGACAAGAUAUUUCAGCUCAAGAAAAGAGGCUGGCUAAGAAGACAGGUCUUUUGGAUAUCUAAGCAGAUAUUACAGUUGGUGAUGGAAGAUGCUAUUGAUGACUGGCUCCUGAGACAGAUUAAUUGGCUUCGGAGAGAGGACACGGUGGAACAAGGGAUUAGAUGGAUCCACGACAUACUAUGGCCUGGUGGUACCUUCUUUUUAAGAGUAGAGGCUCCUCAGAUAUUUAGUAGUGGAAUUGAUCAAAAGCCUUCUCAAACAACAAACAGAUAUGGUGGAAGCAAGAUCUCAAAAUCUGGUUCUGGUUCUUUUGAGCAAGAGCUCGAGGCUUCUCGAAGAGCAAACGAUGUCAAGAAACUAUUGUUUGAUGGUGCUCCAACAACUUUAGUCAGUUUAAUCGGGCCGAAGCAGUAUAGACGAUGCGCCAGGGAUAUAUACUUCUUUACUCAGUCUUCUAUAUGUGUGAGGCAACUUGCUUAUGCAAUCCUGGAACUUGUACUGAUCUCUGUCUUCCCCGAGAUGCGGAACGUUGUCCAAAGUGUUCAUGAGAGCAUGCAUGUUCAAUAACCAUUAUAGAGUUUCCAUAUCACCUGCGGCAUUUGUUGUCUGCAUAUGUUGUAAUAUGAAAUGAAAUUUUGGCGAGACAACUUCUUUGGAUGUCUGGUGCCAUUGAUUUAUAUGGCUUUGUUUGGUGAUGUCCGUUGCAGAUGCAGGAACAGGAGCCUUGGAUGGUAUUUUUCCGGGGAAUGUUUUUGCAUCUGUUUUCCAACUGUACAAAAACUUAGAUUUAGGGUGCUGUACAUAAAACAAUCGUUUUAUCACUUUUAUGAAUCCAUUAUGAUUUUGUCAAGGUAUACCCCAUUUUCAUGGGGAUUUUGUAUUGCUAUAUUGGUGGAGAAAUGCAUUCUUUGUUUCUUUA